AUGAGUUCGUUGCACUACCAGUUGUUUAUUUUCUUGUGCUUCUAUGUUGCUGUUCAGGCUCCAUACAGAGAUGGCGAUAUCGUGUUGCGAGGACUUCUCGGCGUGCACCAGCAGCCGGACCACUUAGGGAGCCGAUGUGGAGAGAUACAUUUGAGAGGACUUGGUCGCAUGCAGGCCAUGAUCUUCGCAAUCGAACGAAUAAUUAAUAACACGAGUCUUCUUUCUAACAUUUCCCUUGGAUAUGACAUAAGGGAUUACAGUGGAAACCUCUCAAAAGCUGCAAAACUUGUUUACAAACCUCUGACCGUUGAUUCCUGUGUCAAUUUAAGCCAAAAUGCCCUAAGAAAGAAAGUUAUCAUUUCUUUAAUAGGCCCAGACGAAUCUAGCACAGCUCUAUUCAUCGGUGGAUUUCUUCGGAUGCUCAAUGUUUCGACCAUAAGUGGAUUAGCUACUUGUGCUGGACUUAGCUCCCUUACCUAUAAACAUUUAUAUCGAACAGUGCCCUCGGACGAGUUUCUUGCAAAAGUAAUGGUUGACUUGGUUACACACUUCAAUUGGAGUUAUGUUGCUGUCGUUGCAUUAUAUGAUUCGUAUGGAGCAUGGGCAGUAGUUAGCGAAAGUACAUCAAAAAAGAAACUUGUUCUGUACUGCUUUGACGGAGUUUGUACGCCUCGAAAGUCAGCAUCUGAGUAUUCCAAACUUAGUUAG